AUGGCGCCUGCAGCUUCGAUCCUCUCAGCCACCGCCGCCGCCGCUGGUGCUUCCAAGCGUCCGGCCGAUUCCGAGGCUGAGCUCCCGCUCGACUCCUCCGCGUUCCACCAGCAGGGCGACGAUGCCGCGCGCAAGGGCCAGGGCCAGCAGCCGAGGCAGCAGCAGCUGGAGUGCCCGCGCUGUCGCUCCACCAACACCAAGUUCUGCUACUACAACAACUACAGCACGGCGCAGCCGCGGCACUUCUGCCGCGCGUGCCGCCGCUACUGGACGCACGGCGGCACGCUGCGCUACGUCCCCGUCGGCGGCGCCUCGCGCCGCGCCGGCGGGGGCGGCAAGCGGCGCAGGGUCUCCACCGUGCCCUCGUCCGCGGCGUCAGUGUCGGCGUCGCCGCCGCCGAUGCCGCCGUCGCUCGCGAACGCGUGCCUGCUGGACUUCCCGUCCGCCUUCCCUUUCCUCAGCGACGGCAGCUUCUUCCCGCAGUUCGACGUCGGCAGCGGUGUUGCACUUGCACCGGCGGCCUUCUCCUCCUCGUGGCAGUCGGUGGUCCCGAACUUUUACGACGGGCUCGCGCCGUGGGACGACGGAGCAGCGGCUGGUGCCGCCGCGGGGGGCUUCGCGGGCGCGUGGGGCGACAUCGCCGACCUCAACCUCAGCUGGACACCGCCGGGGAACUGA